AUGGAGGUGGUGAUGGAGGAGGUGAUGGAGGAGAUGGAGGAGGUGAUGGAGGAGGUGAUGGAGGAGGUGAUGGAGGAGGUGAUGGAGGAGGUGAUGGAGGAGGUGGUGGUGGUGAUGGGGUGGUGGUGUGAGGUGUGUGGAGUAGGUGAUGUGGUGGUAGGGUGGUGGGUGUGGUUGUGGUGGGGUGGGUGGUGGUGGUGGUUGGGUGGGUGUGGUGAGGUGGUGUUGUGUGGUGGUGGUGGGGUGGUGGGGUUUGGUGGGUGGUGGUGGGGUGGUGGUUGGUGUGGGUGGGGGUGGGUUUGGUGGUUGUUUUGGGUUGGUGGGGUGGUGGUGGGUUGGGUGGGGUGGGUUGGUGUGGGUGGUGGUGUGGUGUGUGGUGUGUGGUGUGGUGUGGUGGUGGGGUGGGUGGGGUGGGUGGUUGGUGGUGGGGUGUGGUGGUGGGGGUGGUGUGGUUUUGGUUGGUGGGUGUGGGUGGUGGGGUGGGUGGGUGUUGUGGUGUGGGGUGGGGUGUGUGGGUGGUGUGUUGUGAGGGUGGGGUGGUGGUGGUGUGGGUGGUGUGGGGUGGUGGGUGGUGUUGGGUGGUGGGGUGGUGGUGGGGUGUGGUGGUGUGGUGGGUUGGGUGGUGGUGGGGUGGUGUGGUGGGUGGGUGUUGGUGGUGUUGUUGGUGGUGUGGUGGAGGGGUUGUGGUGGGUGGUGUGUGGUGGGUGGUGUGGGGUGGGUGGUGGGUGUGUGGUGGUGAGGGUGGUGGUGGGUGGUGGGGGUGGGUGGUGGGUUGGGUGGUGGUGGUGGUGGGGUUUUGUGGGUGGUGGUGGGGUGGGGGGGUGGUUGGGUGUUGUGGGUGGUGGUGGGGUGUGUGGGUGGUGGGGGUGGUGGUUGGUGUGUGGAUGUGUGGGGUUGGUGGUGGUGUUGUUGGUGUUGUGGGGUGGGUGUUGGUGGUGGUGGUGGUGGUGGUGGUGGGUGUGGGUGGUGGUGUGUGUGGGGUGGUGGUUGGUUGUGGGUGGGGUGUGUGGGUGGGUUGUGGGGUGGGUGGUGGGUGGUGGGUGUGGUGGAGGAGGUGAGGGGUGGGUGGAGGGGUGGUGUGGUGGGGUGGUGGGGGUGGUGUGGUUGGGAGUAGGUGUGUGGGUGGGGUGGUGGUGGGGUGUUGUGGUGGGUGGAGGUGUGUGUGGUGGGUUGUGUAUGGUGAUGGUGGAGGGGGUGGUGGUGGGGAAGGUGGGGGAGGGGUGGUGGGUGGUGGAGGUGGUGUGGGGGGAGUUGUUGGUGUGGGUUGGUGGUGGAGGUGUGUUUGGGAGGUUGGGGUGGUGGGUGGGUUUGGAGGGUGGUGGGGUGGGUGGGUGGUGGGUGUGGUGGGUGUUGGUGGGUGGGGUGAUGGUGGGUGGUGGUGAGGGUAGGGGAGGGAUGGAGGAGUAUGAGGAGGUGUAG